AUGUUAAUGGUUUUCCUCAGAGUCUCCAAUCAAUUUAUUUCCAUUAUCGUUGUGUUACAGGAGGCAGACAGGAUCAACCAUUCUAGCAACUGCCCAGCAGCCACGCCCCCUAGCUCCCCUCUGGACUCUCCGCCGCCCCCAGCUCCUGCCCCCGCUGCUCCCAUACCAGCCCAUUAUAUUUCUUCCCUGCGAGCAUCUUCACGUCGAGGCGGCGUCAGUCCAGAGAAGGAAAGGGACCCAUUGUCACGGUUACUACGUUUUCUACGGGCCUUCUACCGUGAACUGGCUGGGAGGGACCCAGCUAACCCCCCGCCGUGGGCACCUCCAUUACCGCCAGGGACGCUAUGCCCUGCACACUUUCAGCCAUCGCUACAACUAGCGCCAAUAGGAAGUGGUGGUCGACCAGAGAAUGAACCGCGCGACAGCAUUCGAUUGGAACAGAUACUCUCGGCCAUCAGGACGAACGAAGGCUCGAUGCAUGAUGCCCCACGUCGCGUGGUUGUGGAGGGUGGUCCUGGCAGUGGUAAGACAACUCUGGCUUUGAGGCUACUCCACUCGUGGGCCACACAAGAUGACUGGCUAGGUCCAUCAAUAGAGCUCGCUCUAUUUGUCCCACUCCGGGAGCUACGUGGCAACAGUUUGGCUCAUUACCUGAGCAAGGAGCUCCUCCCGAAGACUGCACUCAGUGGUUGCGCAAGUCCCUGGGGUGGAGGGGGUGGUGGAAGCUAUGGUGGGAGUGGAAAUGGUUUCGCUCAAGUGUGGAAGUGCCUCGGCCUCCUAGAAGACAGGUUGUUGUUCGUGUUGGAUGGUUACGAUGAGGCUGUGGCACUCGGUGGACAGGAGGGCAAGGGUCAAGGUGGUACUGGAGCUGGAAAUGGGAGAGAAGCAUUGGGGGAUGCCGUUGAACUACUUGAAGGCCGCAUGUUCCCCGAAUGUCGUAUUCUAAUCACGUGUUCUCCCGGUUGGAGUUCGGAAUUGUUCCCACUCGUUCAGCGUAGAGUUCUGCUUCACGGGUUGGACUGGGCCCACGUAGAGCGACUUGUGACCGCCUACUUUAAUGGAAACAAAAAGCCUGAGAGUGCUAGUCAUUUUCUGGAGGUUGUAUUCGCAAGUCAGCAAGUUCUCCGUCCUUUGGCAUGUUGGCCUCUUGGCUGGCUUCUACUCUGCGUCCUUUUUGAAGAGGAAGGUGGCCGAUUACCAACCGAUACGUUGGAUGUUCACCAGGCUCUAUUUAAGUGCCUUAUCCGCCGGAGUCUUGUUAGGAAGGGUGAAAUUUUAAUGCCUAGUGAAAUAUCUUCCGACUUACCUGGACACUGUAAGAAGUUGCUAGCUGAAUUUGGGAGGCUUGCCCUAACUUCUAUAAAGGAGGAGAGGUUCUUGUACACAGACUCAGAAAUUCGAGCUCAUUGUAGGGGCGGUGGGCUCGAAGUCACAGAACUUGGCUUUCUGAGUCGUGGUCUCAACUUUGGACGCAGUCACAAUCAGAAAAAGCGAGCCGACUACUACACGCCAGUGAUUCGAACAUUUGCAGAAUUUCUGGCAGCAUAUUAUAUUUCUUCUAUAGUACAUUACUCAAAUAUUCUAAGGAGAGAACUGGAAGAUCUUCCUGGAAUGACUGGAGGAGGGAUUGGCUCUGUUCUGGACAACAAUACGGUGCUGAUACUGAGGUUCCUUAUGGGACUUUUGGGACGUAAGGGUCACCUCGUGUUCAAUCAGUUAUGUCCGCUGGAUUUCCCCACACGGACGUUGUUCAUGCUUCUUCAAGCAUCAGGACCCUCUGAAGCUAACGUAGCCGCAGUGUGUAGACUAUUAGGGGCUUCAAGUAGCAGUUGGGUAGGCAUGGGUAAUGGAGCUUCUGGGUCUAGUUCCAAAGUUCCUGUUCCCCUCGUUCAUACAGCGCCACUGGAACUUGAAGGUUGGUCUCACGUUCUCCAAAGUGAAGCAUGUACUCUGGAGGCACUGGAACUUGUUUUUCAGUUUGAUAAAGGUGCGGAUUAUGAAGAGCAUUUGGAUUCCUUCUUCACGUCGCUAUCUUCUAAUGAUAGUGUUCGGUUAGUUCGCAUUUCGUCUUUGCUGGGACACGAAUUCACCGCCGCCGAAGUGGAUCGCUUGGCAGGUUACGUGAAGACUACACUGUGCAAAUCUAGGCUUCACACAUUUGAGCUCGUCAUAACGUGCCUGGAAGAUAGUGCACAUGACAGGUUCCAGUCAUUAGUCGACGCACUGUGCGAAGGACUGGAGCAGAACGCAAGCCCAAUUCUGAACAAACUAGUGUUGGACCUGAACCUUGGGACAUGCCAGGUGGUGCAACUGUGCGUAGCUCUCGAGCACACAGACCAGGUGACAGUUCUUCACCUGCCACAUCUGGGCUGUGGCAGAGAUGGCCUUCGAGCCAUCGCCCAGCUUAUCAGGGCCCGACCUCUCGUUGCACUGAACCUGUCUGGUAGCUGGGGCAUGCGGCGUGAAGAUCCGCCAUCCUCCAGUGGCGUCAGUGUUGGUUCCGGUAGUGGUAGUAGUGGAGGAGUUGGUAGCGGUGUGAGCACGCUACAACACGUGGCAAAGCAGCCGUCACUCACCAGCAAUAUCUCACCAAAGACGACGACAAGCUCCUCCUAUUACUUCUCGUCCCUUCCACGUGGCAUGAUGGGAGGAUACAACAGCCUCGGCAGACCUGCCACUCUGCCCCGCCAACCCCUGCAGCAGCUUCUGCUUGACGGCUAUAGCAACUCCAGCAGUGGAGACAGCAAGAGGAAUUCUGACUCGGUUCUCUUCCAGAGACUCUUCCAUCCUCUUCCAGCAUGUGACCCUGCCGUGCACGCAGGGUCGGGCUUUCACGACGUGUUUGACGCUGCUCGCGAUACCGCCUGUAAGUUGCGGAGCCUGAAUGUUAGCAAGUGUCUGCUGGGUGCAGAAGAUGCCCUGUGUCUAGGUGAAACUGUACGGCGCUCGCUGUGUCUGGAUGCGCUACGGCUGGAAGGAGGAACCCGCUUAGGAGAGGUUCUGCCCGUGAUUCUGGGACUAGCAGACAAUACAUCUAUCCAGCUGCUGGAUCUGGGGUCACAGCGACUCAUACUAGAGGAUGGACCCACUCAACUCGUGUGUCAGUCUCUUGCCAAAAACUCCAGCCUCAGACUCCUUAGCUUGGAAGGAUGGACGUUUCGAAUCGAGGAAGAAGGCUCUCUCUCGGUGUUCCUUGGAUUCCUUCAGUCGACAUCGAUUCGGGACCUUGUUCUUGCUAAUUGCCGGCUUCAUCUCGCCAUCCACGGCGGUCGUCUCUCGCGUCUAGGACGUCUCGAUGAUUCGGUGGCUGAGAUGCUCGGCUCUCUGCCCGAUUUUGUUUGUACUGCCGUCGUCUUCCUACGCCUCGGUGGUUUCCAAGUGACGGUCAAUGAUCGGAUGGCUCUUCGUGGACCUCACCUUUUACCGUUCCUUCGCGGUUUCACCCACCUGAGUGAUCUGGACCUAAGUCUAGACAAGAACUCUGUCAGUAGCACUACAAGCAGUCCAUUGUUUGUGGACGAUAAGGCACUGACCACUUUUUUUCAGACUCUCUCUGCCAGUUUCAGAACUCUACAGAGCCUCAAGAUGAGUCACUGGAGAAUUUGUCUUGAUGAUAGCGACAGAACACUGCGCGCUGUUGGGAGAGCUCUCAAGACAUGUUCUCUCAGUUAUCUCAAAGUGAAUGGCCUUGGCGUAUCUGACAGUGCUCACAAGGGAUCACUUGAGCAUUUAUUUUUACAGACAGUGGUAGCAAAUCUAAGCUAUCUUAGUUGGUUGAGUAUGGUAGGUGUCUCCUUAACCCCAGGUCAGUCCACGGCAGUGGGGAAGUGCAUCAGAGAUCGAUUCCCAGGCACAGCUUUAGAGGUGAGCGCUAAAGAUGUAGGCGCAGAUGCUGUGAAGGCUUUAGUUGCAGCUGUGGAGGAUGGUGGUAAGAUUGAGGUUAUGUAUGUUGGUGGACCUAGCUGUAAUCUGCGUAUCCAAAGGAUUCUUAAAAACCAGAAAUUAAAAGGAAAGUUUAGAAGAUUCACUUCCCUAAAAGAAUGAAUUUUUGGUUGAAUGACUCAUGGAACUUAGCCUGUAUGUCAGUGGUCCCCAACGCGGUGCCCUCGGGCGCCAAGGCUUUUUUUGGGUGCCCACGUUGUUACGGAAAGAGAUUAUACUGAAUAAAGAAGGCCGUUCAACCAUGAACAUUUUAAAAUCACAGAUCUUGACUUACUAAUGCCCAUUUUGACGGUUGUUUGCGAGCAGCAACAUCAUCCUACACUGCCAAAUUUGAAAAACUGGCCGAUGAAAUGCAGUACCAAACAUCACACGAACUUCCCACUUUAGUAAUAAUAAUUUUACUUAUAAAAGUACGUAUUUUUGAUUGCAUGGUUUCUCGUAUUGUUAAACGUCGUGUUAUUUUGUGUAUUAUUUGGUGUCCUUAUCUUAUUUGUCCAGAGAAAAGAAAAUUUGGCUUUGUUAAUUGGUUGGUGCCCGCUACGACCUCAUAAACUCUCAAAUGUGUGGGGAACGCUGGGUUAGACCUAGACAGUAUUUCUAGCCCAGUUUUUAAAUAAUUUUCAAUUUAAUUUCUAUAUUUUAAUUUAUUACUCUUAGCUGCUGUAAAAUAACUAAAUCCUCAAAAAACACGUCUUUGAGUGUUAUUUCACGGUACAUGAAUGAACCAGACACGUUUCAUUGUUAUUUAAGGAAUUGGUCAGUUAUUCGUUUCCAUUAAUUAGUGUGAGGGCACCUUAUGAAAUUUAAGAAAAGAAUACCGUGUUCCAAGAUCCAAGGAAGUCCAGUGGAAGACCAGUUGCAUAUACUAAUUACGUAUUUACGGGGUUUUUUUAGAUGGUGGUAGUAUCAUUGGAAAUGAACUAAUGUACGUGCUUCAUAGAACGAAUUUGUCGCUGUGUAAAUUAGUGUGCUCUGUUCAUUACUGUAAAAAAGAGCUUUGAAAUCCAUUCAGUACAGUUUCAUUUUGUGUAAAUACAAAAAGAAGUGACUUUGCGCAAAGUUUUAACGAACCUGGAGACAUUUUAAUAUGAAACAGCUGUCCACAUUCUUUACCUAAUUAUGAAGAUUACAAGCAGAUGUAAAUAAAGUACUCUAAAAAAAUGAUUCUGAGUGAAAAUUAGAAGGUUAUCUUUAAAAUAUAAAACUAUAAUUGUUAUGAAAUGUAAAUAAUUUUAUAAAAAUGGUAAUUAUAAUGAAAUAUGUCUGGGUUGAUUUUUAAAUAAGAAGUGGUGCUAUUGUAGUGCUAAAAGUAGUGGAGCCAAGCUCCACAUUUAUUUCAAAUUAAUUAAUGUCCCGUUAUUCCGACAGAAUGUAGGAAAAUUAUUCAGAAUACGUCUAUGAAGUGAGAACAGGUUUGAGCCUGAUUUAUGCAGGACAGAAGAAGUAGCAGAUAGAAUGUAAGUAGCUUUAGUAAAUAAUAAUGGUCAUGAAAUAUGGAGUAUUUUAUUUUUAUGAAGUCAUUUUAGACAAUACCAAAUAUAAAUACAUUGCGUAUGAAUAUAUGAGAAUUUGGCAGAUGUCGAUGGUCUUC